CUUUCAUCACAUUCCCAGUGGGUCAGAAGCUUACAUGCACUCAAUUAGUAUUUGGUAGCAUUGUCUUUAAAUUGUUUAACUUGGGUCAAAUGUUUCAGGUAGCCCUGCACAAGCUUCCCACAAUAAGUUGGGUGAAUUUUGGCUCAUUCCUCCUGACAGAGCUGGUGUAACUGAGUCAGGUUUGUAAGGCCUCCUUGCUCGCACACGCUUUUUCAGUUCUGCCCACAAAUGUUCUAUGGGAUUGAGGUCAGGGCUUUGUGAUGGCCACUCCAAUACCUUGACUUUGUUGUCCUUAAGCCAUUUUCCCACAACUUUGGAAGUAUGCUUGGGGUCAUUGUCCAUUUGGAAGACCCAUUUGCGACCAAGUUUUAACUUCCUGACUGAUGUCUUGAGAUGUUGCUUCAAUAUAUCCAUGUAAUUUUCCUCCCUCAUGACGCCAUCUAUUUUGUGAAGUGCACCAGUCCCUCCUGCAGCAAAGCACCCCCACAACAUGAUGCUGCCACCCCAGUGCUCCACGGUUGGGAUGGGUGUUCUUCAGGUUGCAAGCGUCUCCCUUUUUCCUCCAAACAUAACGAUGGUCAUUAUGGCCAAACAGUUAGAUUUUUGUUUCAUCAGACCAGAGGACAUUUCUCCAAAAAGUACGAUCUUUGUCCCCAUGUGCAGCUGCAAACCGUAGUCUGGCAAUUCUUAUGGCAGUUUUGGAGCAGUGGCUUCUUCCUUGCUGAGUGGCCUUUCAGGUGAUGUCUAUAUAGGACUCGUUUUACUGUGGAUAUAGAUACUUUUGUACCUGUUUCCUCCAGCAUCUUUGCACUUUUCGCACCAAAGUACAUUUAUCUCUAGGAGACAGAACGUGUCUCCUUCCUGAGUGGUAUGACGGCUGCAUGGUCCCAUGGUGUUUAUACUUGCAUACUAUUGUUUGUACAGAUGAAUGUGGUACCUUCAGGCGUUUGGAAAUUGCUCCCAAGGAUGAACUAGACUUGUGGAGGUUGAGAAUUUUUUUCUGAGUUCUUGGCUGAUUUCUAUUGAUUUUCCCAUGAUGUCAAGCAAAGAGGCACUGAGUUUGAAGGUAGGGAUUGAAAUACAUCCACAGGUACACCUCCAAUUGACUCAAAUGAUGUCAAUUAGCCUAUCAGAAGCUUAUAAAGCCAUGACAUAAUUUUCUGGAAUUCUCCAAGCUGUUUAAAGGCACAGUCAAGUUAGUGUAUGUGAACUUCUGACCCACUGGAAUUGUGAUACAGUGAAUUAUAAGUGAAAUAAUCUGUCGGUAAACAAUUGUUGGAAAAAUGACUUGUGUCAUGCACAAAGUGGAUGUCCUAACCGACUUGACAAAACUAUAGAUUGUUAACAAGACAUUUGUGGAGUGGUUGAAAAACGAGUUUUAAUGACUCCAACCUAAGUGUAUGUAAACUUCCGACUUCAAUUGUUUAAGCUUAUUUUACUCCAAUUUUUGUAAACAAUGUAAGUCUAAACAAACACUAUAUAUCUUCAAAACAUGGUUAAAACUAUAAUGUUGGUAUUGUGGAUGGUCAGUCCUUAUAUCUGUAGCUCUGAGUUUGAUUUGAGUGGUUCCAUCGUUCCAGGCCCGUCCCUCAGCUUAUUUUUUUUAUACCAAAACAGGCAGGUGCCUACUUUGUUAUUGUUUCAAUUAAGGACUCUAGCUUUAAAGAGAGUCUACAUGUUUGAUUAUGUAGCAGUCAUCAAUAUGGCAAUUAACAUGGCUACACCAGUUGUGAAUGUUAUGAAGAGAAAACGGAUUGCUCAGCUCUUCGACCCACCCAACACCCUUUACCCGAAUGACAAAGAAUAUGAAGCUCAAAAAUUGCUGUGACGUCAAUUCACGCAUCUGUGUUUUAUACCACGACUCAUGAAGAUGCUGCAAAACAGUACAUUUGCACAGAGCUGGUGAAUCUCAUCGCAAUUGCUGAUGACUCACUGAUCAAGUCAUUGAUGUAAAAUGUCUCAGACUCUGUGUUGAUUACUACUGCCACACCGACAGCUCACUGCUGCUACUCCCUGUUUAUCUAUGCAUAGUCACUUUACAAAUUAACUUGACUAACCUAUACCCCCGCAUAUUGAUUCGGUACCGGUAGCCCCUGUAUAUAGACUUGUUAUUAUGUAAUCUUUUUUUGUUACUUUUUUAUUUGAUUUUUUUAGUUUAUUUAGUAAACAUAUUCUUAAGUCUAUUUCUUGAACUGCCUUGUUGGUUAAGGGCUUGUAAGUAAGCAGUUCACGGUAAGGUCUACACCUUUUGUAUUCAGCGCAUGUGACAAUUUGAUUUGAUUUAUUGUUGAAUAUAACCUUUCUUCCUUUCUCUUUGUGCCUCCCUUUAUCUUUGUCUCCCCUCCCUCUUCAUCUCCCUCUCUUCGCUCUGUCUUUGAAAGUUCAGGUCUUGUUGAAACAGGAAACUGAGUGUCUGAGUAAGAGGUGAAUAUAAACCCCCCUCCUCUCACAUCUCUCCACUCAGAUGUACUACAGAGCACUCUGCUGUGCUACACCUACAGAGCCUCCAUCUAUCACCACUGGCUCCUUUCCCCAUUGGAACAUCACAGAGGAGGAGAACACUCAUUCUCCAUUGGUGUCUAAAGGACUCUCACACAGAUUCUCAAACACGCACACGUCAUACUCACAUUACACAUGUGAAUGUUACCAGCAGUGUGAAACACCCAGACCCACUGGACUCGACCUCUGGGCCUCACUGGGCUAUACUUCUAUCCCUGCGGUACUCUACAGCUCUGACAUCAACUCAUUCCACAGCAUCCGAGUGCUGCUGAUCCUCACCAGAGCCACAACAGGGCAAUGCUCCCCCAGAGUUCUCUGGUAUCCCUUCCAUAAGAGCUCCACAUCGCCAUGGGCAGUGGGCCCAGUAAAGAGCAUCAGGGAUCCAGCACUCAUGCAGCCUUGCUGGGCCAGGAAGAGCUCGCUGAGCCGGUCAUACUGGAGAGCAGCAGGUAUGUAGUAGUGGCCCUGUAUAACUAUCCCACUGGACAUCCAGCAAACAGCAGUAUCCGCGCGGGAGAGAGAAUCAAUGUGCUUUCAGACGAGGGGGAAUGGUGGAAAGUGAGAUCCUCUGCCACAGGCAAUGAGAGCUACAUCCCCAGCAGCUACACAGCCAGGGUGUACCACAGGUGUCAGUAUGAGGGUCUCAGCAGAAAGAAGGCUGAGGAGCUCCUGUUGCUGCCCAACAACCAGACUGGCUCUUUUCUGGUCCGGGAAAGUCAGACCCACCCUGGUGCCCACUCCCUGUCAGUGCGUAAGACCAAUGACCAGGACCGUUGCUCAGUCAAACACUACCGGAUCCAACAACUGGAGAACGGCUGGCACUUCAUCUCCCCCUGCCUCACCUUCCCCACCCUCACAGCCCUAGUGGACCACUACUCAGAGGUCACUGAUGGGCUGUGCUGUCUGUUGGGGGAGCCUUGCUUCAUCCAGGGGUCCAACAGCAUUCCUGUGGCUACUGGCCCAAUACCCAUGGCCGUCAGGAAGUCCACCCUCAACUGGAAAGAUGCGGACAGCUCCAUGAUUUUUGGCAAGGUCAAUGAGGAUUCCCUGGUGAGCGAGGGCCUGAGAGAGGCCAUCAGUUCCUACCUCUUCAUGACAGGGGACUGCAGCCAUAAAUGGGACAGCUGAGACUGGAGCUGUCCUCAGAGAGACAAUAGUGAGAUACACAGACUAAAACGGAGAGUAAAAACGGAGCAAGGAGCUUACCUAUUGGGGCAGAGGGUACCUGAGGACCAUAUCACGUGGCCAUGAACCUAGUGGAUCUUGAACAUUGUUGAGGGAACUGGGAUUCACAACUCAACCACUGCAGACAACCAUUGUUCUCAAAGCGAUGGUUGUCAAGUGCUGACAUUGUCAAGCAGACGAGGCCUAUAUUUGCUUGGAUUCAUGAUCAGAAGACAUUUUUAGAUCCUGGAGGCAGACUACAAAAGACUUUACAGAAAUAAGGGAGUAACUGUGCCCAUAGGAACACAGUGUUCUAAAGAGAUCAUGCAUUCAAACUGAUUACAGGUUGCAACAUGGAAAAAGUGUCCGGAAUGAGAUGAUGAUCCUCACUGUGUCAGAUUGUGUACAUGAUCUCUAAUGUUAAACUAGAACAAUAGGUCUAAAGACAGUGACACGAUAUGUUACCAUUUAUUAUGGUUUUUGAAAAGCUGCUAACUUCAUAAUGAAAUGUUCCAUUCAGCCUUUACUCGUGAUUCUAAGUAACCACAGCUGAUUGCAAUGUUCCUUACAGAAAGUAGUGUGAUAGUGAGGUAUACAGCCCUAUAUAUGAAAGGCAUAACCACCUGCAUGUUUCAAAUAGAUCCCCUAUCAUCAGUAAACAGACUAUUUGGUUGGUUUUGUUGAGCUACCUUGAAAAAAAGGAAAUGUUUGUAUGGGUUUCCUGUCCUGAACAGAAACACCUUUUAGCUGUUGCUUGUUCUCCACCGCACCGCAGUAUAACUUUGACACAGGAUAUGGUCAAGGUGCAGUGGAAAAAAAUAUAGUGUGGCAGAGACAGCAGAAAGUUAUGAUUUGUGCUGAAGAGCAUCUCAAAGCUAUGUGUAAUAUUGAAGCAAUAAGGCAAGAGGGGUUGUGGUAUAUGGCCAAUAUACCACGGCUAAGGGCUGUUAUUAUGCAAGACGCAACACGUAAACGUAUUUAGAAAAGUACAAAUAAAUGUUUCAUUCCC